AUGUCAUGGCUGCAUUCAUUCACCACUCACACUCUUUUCUCUCUUUCCAUGCAAUAGAGUAUGUGAGUGCGUGACGUGUGUGUAUGUGUGCAUGUGUGUAUGUUUGAGAGUGAGUUGGAUAUGGAUGGAGUGAGUGUGUGUGAGUGGGAUAUGGAUGGAUGAAUGAAUAUUUGUGGUAUUGUGCAUGUACCAUCAGAUUGUAUUCACUCAGUUCCUUCCAGGUUUAGAAAGAGCCAUCAGAGAAAUGGAUAGCAUAAUGUCAUCAGUGGUUGCUGAGGAGGAUGAACGUCCUGCAUCAUCAGAUGCAUUUUGGGGUGUAUCCCCAUUUACAACCCCCCCAAAGCGCUUACGGCUGGAUUCCAUGCCAAAUGGAUUGGAGGAAUUUGAGCUGCAACAGGAGAACGGAGCUGUAGAGGAAUCCUUUCAAAUGGAAGAGCGUCUUGAUGAUGCCAGUGCUGAACUUGGCCUCAGCAUGGUUUCAGCCAUCCCCUCAUCUAAUGAACGGGUGUUUGAUCUACUUGAUGAACUCCCUGAUGAGGAUGAUGAUGAGGGUGAAGAGGAUGAUCUUGAGUCAAGCGAGGGGGAAGAGAUUUCUCAGGAAGAAAUUGAUCAGCUACUGGAGAAAGGAGUGGAUGACCAGAUGAGGCAAGAGCAGGAGGAGCAGGCAGAGAAGGAGAAAGAACGUAUGAAGAACGUGGUAGAACGUGUUAGACUCAUUGUGAAAGAUUACCCAGAGAAUCCACUGGAGCUUCUUCCAGCUGGUUGGAUCAAGGUGACACAUUUCAGUGGAAUGCCCAUCUAUCUUCAUAAGCCAACUCGUGUAUGUAGCUUCUCGCGCCCCUACUACAUUGGCUCAGCAUCUGUUCGAAAACAUCAUGUACCUGAGAGUGCAAUACCUUGCCUCCACUACCGUAGCUUCAAGGAAAAGGAAGCUGCGGCUGCUCAAGAAAUGGAACUAGUAGCCUUGGAAAAUGGGAGACAGCUGAUAGAAAGUGGAGCAGAUGGUAAUGAGACUGCUCAAUGCAAUGGAGUGAAAGCCAAAGAGGACCCUGGAGGAAGUGAACCAGAGGCUGGGGAAAUACUUGACAGUGAGACUGAAGGGGAUCAGAAGAGUCAGAAUAAAGAAGAGGAAUCUCAAAAUGUGGUGGACCAAGAGGAAGCCAAGAAGCGGUUAAAUCUCCCUGAAGUGAAGGUCUGCUCUGCUGCAGAAGCACAGAAGCAGGAGUCCCUGACCCCUGCUGAUCUCAAGGCAUAUUGCCAGAAGCUGUUUGAAUUCAAGGAGUUGCGAACCCUGCAUUUCAAUUCCUGGUCAUUGCGUCGGAGGCACGAAAAGGAAAAACGACGAGAGCAGAGGGAGAUCCCCGUACUCCAAAAAGAUACUCAUAUUCUUCGUCUGCCAAUUCUCGCAGCUCGAAGGAUUGGGAAGAGGAGGAGGAGGGAGUUUCUGCUGAAUCCACAGGGGAAGACAUGUGUUGCCCUCCUUCAUGAAUAUCUUCAGAUGUGUUUGGAUCGUCAUCCAACUUACACUUUUCAAGAAGUUGGGAAUGCAGCCACUCCAUUCCGUGCUACUGUGCACAUUGAUGGAAUGCAGUAUGGAUGUGGUUAUGGAGCAUCAAAGAAGGAUGCCAAGGCAGCAGCAGCACAGAAUGCCCUUGAGGUCCUUAUACCGCAGUUCAAAGAGCAUCUGAAGAAGCGGGAAGCCAAGGGCAAACAGAUCACCAAGGAUAAGACUGACCGCUCAGUAUGGAGACUUACUCUUGGAUUCAUUUUUAAAUAUUGUUCUUUGACUCUCACAUUCUUUGAUGAGGUGAAUAUUGAGGAUACAAGAGUGAUGGAAUUGUGCAAUACUAUUGGGGAACUCACACCAUACCAGGUUCUUCUGUCCUGCCUUCAAAAGAAUUAUGGCCUGGGGAAACUUGACAUCAAGAGUGAGUUGAUGACAACCAACACGCGGUUCAACAAGUUCACUAUGAGUGUUGGAAAACAUUCAGCAACAGUGAUGUGCAGAAACAAACGGGAAGGGAAGCAGAUGGCUGCACAGAAGAUCCUCAAGCUCCUCCACCCAUACAUCAACAACUGGGGGUCCCUUCUCCGCCUCUAUGGCACAGAUGAGGUCAAGGCUGCCCGACUUGAGUCUCAUCAGGUCACUCAACUCCAGAAGCAGGCCAUCCCUCAUGCACCAAACAUGGCAAUCCUCCAGAAGCUUCGUGAAGAGAUGCACAAGAUCAAGGAUGUUCGAGAACACUUCCAACCCAUUGGGAAAUUCAAAGUGCCUGAUGGAGUUUCACUUCCAUCUGCUUCUUCAUCCAACCUACACAACAUCAAUCUCUGACCUCUUCACCAAAGCUAGAUUCCUCCAUCAUUUUGUGAUGGUUUUGUUGUGAUCUGUUUCCUUGAUGUCAUUUCGGUCCUAAAUCUUGUGAUUAGCACUGCCAGAAGCUAAGAACUAGUCAGUGAAACUGAAGGGAAUCAAGAGCAAGUUUUUCCACUGUCUGCAUUUUCUAGUGAUGUACCCACGUUUAGCUCUGGUUCCAAGGGGAGUAAGGGUAAUGAGACUGCACAAGAAUCUUGUCAUGUGGGUAACAUGAAAUGCAGACAUUGUGUCUUCCCUGAUGGUAAUGAAUGAGUCUCACAAUGAUCAAGUGAUACACUUGUCUCAUUUUUUGUUCACCUUUAUGAUCAAGGGUGAAAGAAUGUUGAGGACUGUGAAUUUUGUGAUAUUACUGGUGAAUGUGCUUUGUCAUUUUGAGCCUGCCCUUUAGUUGCUGAUGAACAGACUCCACACAUCAUCACAGAUAUACAGGGUGGUGCAGAAGUUUUGCACCAUAGGGUAAAUCAAAUUUUCAAAUCAUUUGCCAUUAACUUGAAAAUACUUUGAUUCACUAGACACAUAAUGUUUGAACAUAUCUAAACUCCACAUUCUCAUCUUUUAUUAAUUUUGCAGCAAUCAGUUACCUGCAAAGAAAGAAACAAUAUUAAUGUUGUGUAACAGUGAAAUCCCAUAUGGUGUGUGACUUUUGUGCCACCCUGUACAAUUCUGAAAUUUUUUUAUGACAGCACAUCAAGCUUUUCUGUUUUUUGUGAACAGUGAAGCAUUUAGGUCUAGAUUUUUAGUGAUGUGUUAUUUUUACCUGUAUCUACCACUGAGCUAGAAAAAGGACUAAUUUUCUUCAGGCAACAUGCUAUAGGAUGACUGAGCCUUGGAUGUAAAGAAUCAUAGUGUCUCUUUCACAUUGGCUUUUAAGGUUUUCCUGGUUUUCUUACUUAUCUUUCUCAUCAGUGCUUACAUUAUGAAAUGUAGGCAUCAUUCAACAAAUAUAAUAAUUCUUAAAGAAUCUCAAGAAUCUUUGAAGCAUUUUCAGGUGGUCACAAAUUUUGAAAUAAGCAAAUUCCAGGCCUCUCCUUGCAUGGAUUGUUGGGCCUGUGGUAGAACUCAUGUUACAUAGCCCUUCAUUGUUCUUUGUAGCCAUAUGAUAUUGUUGGCCUUGGGUAUGAGACCAGUCCCAUUUGAAAUGAACAUUCAGGGUUGAAGAUAUUGUUAACUGAACAAGUUACAGCCAUGGAGCUGCUUGUAGUAGAGGUGAUGGGUUAUGGUUAGGGGCUCAGCAAUCUUCCUGCAGUACCUGCAUCAUUCCCUCCCACCUGUGCAUUAUGUGAGUUUGUUCCAUCCUCUACACAUUUCAUUUUCACUAGAUUUGCUGGUGGCAUCCUAUGGCAUGUAGCAUGUCUAGUUCUUUUUCUUAGCUCAGUGGUAUUUCCUCUAAGCAGUUUUUGUCAGUCCUCUGUUAAGGUAGCUCUGAUCUGUGGAAUCACCUUGAUGGGUAUAUGGGAUCUUGUGAGAAUUUUUUGUUACAUGGGUUUGGAGGUAGUGAUGCUCAUGUAUUGCAUAGGCAAUUUCCUUUCAUAAUUCAUUAUCAUCAUAUGGAUAUUAUGUUUACUCCCUGCCUACCAUUCACUGAAUGUGUAUUUUAGUUGAGCCUAUCAUUAAUAUUAACAGUUGGGUUGAAUUCCAUACCAGGUUUUGUGUUGAAUGUAGCUUUUAUAAUUUCUAUGUGAUGAUGAUCAUUAUAAGGAAAAAAGUGCUUCAUAAUUACAUGUGGGCUGAGGCUUUUCAUUUACUGUGGUUGGUGGGUAUGUGUGGUGGCUGGUGAAAAUGUUUGCAGACUGGUUUUGUGCUCCUUUAUUCAUUUAUGCACAUAUUUUAUUUCUUUUGGUGAACUUAUAUUGGGUCUUGAAAAGCAUAUCAAAAUUUUUUGCUUAAUGUCUUUGUCUUGGUAUUGGAACUAUUUCUUAAUGCAAUUUUCUCUUUGAACUUCUGUUAAAUAAGUGGGGGAAUUUUGGCAAACAAUUUUGGAAAUCUGAAGGGUUAUUAAAAAUUGCAUGAAAGUAGGCAAAUGCUCCAGAUUCCAGGAAGCUGUAGGGAGCAGCACCAGUUAGUGAACAUGAGCCAGUUGGCAAACAAGUGUCAUGAAAUGUGAUUUGGCCUUUUGUUUCUCGAGUUACAUGCUCCAGCAUGUGGUAUCUGCAGAAAUGGAUUGAUUGAUUAAUUAAUGCUGGGGAUUGAGUGUGAAACUAGAAUAACAAAAGACCAAAUCGCAUUUCAUGACCCUCAUUUGCUAACUGGUGCUGCUCCCCUAAUGUAAUUUAGUCAUCAUUGUAUAUAAGCCCUCAAUGGAAAAUUGCACUAUUUUGCAGUCAAAAGAGAUUUUCUGGCUCUUGGAGAGCUCACAAAAUCCCUCUAUUUGAUCUCCCUGAAAUAGUUCUUGCAAUUUUUAACAGAUGUUGGCCAGUCUGAUAUCGGAGAGUUCCUAAUGGAUGUUCUGUCAUUUUUUAACUGUGUGCCGAUUCAAUAUCAUCAGCAUGAAUUAUCUCAGUGGUACUCAUACUUUUUAACCACUUACCAGUUUUUUUGUUGUUGCAAUGAAUUGAACCAAAAAUGACAAUAUUUUAAUUUAGAUUUUGAUUCUAUAGACUUUGUGUGAGCAAAAUAUGUUUGGGUAAUGUAUUUUAUUAAUUUAUUUGGACAAAUCAAGAAUGAAACAAUGAAACACAAGUCGCCCGUGUCUCAUACGGGCAAGUUAGUUUUGGGAAGGACAACAUCGCCUGCAUCAGAGAUGGGCAAAUCAUGGAAGUGGUUAAGCUCGGGACUGGAUAUGGAUGGUGACCAACAUUGUAUGAGC